AUGGCCUCCAGCCACCACCAUUCCUCGUCCUCCGUAGAUCGUCCCGAGCGCAGCCGUAAUGCCAAGGCGCAGGCCAGGCAUCGUGCGAAGCGCAAAGCUUACAUUGAGCAGCUCGAGCAGACCGUCGCGAAGCUUCAGCUCGCCUUAGGCCUGCCCAGCGAGCAGCUAUCGGUCCUCCCACCGCCAUCCAUCCGCAUUCGCGAGCUGGAGCAAGAGAAUGCACGCCUCGAGCAAGAAAACGAAGAGCUGCGACAAGCGCUCGCAGGGCAAAAUGGGAACAGCGCCGACGAGAUGCCCAGUCGCUCUGGGCUCACCGGCUUCGCGUCGACCCGGGACUCGCGCAGGAGACGAGGUGAAGACUACCUGGUUCCCUCCAUCGACCUCGGAGGCCCUCUGGAUCGCAUGACUCCCCCCAGCCUCUCCAUUCCGAGCAGCGGAAACCUGAGUCAGCAGUACAGCCCCCACCCGCUGUCUACCCAUGCGUCGUCGGCGUCGUCGAGCGGGUACAGCCUCUCGUCCGUCUCUCAGAAUCCGUCGCCCUUCCAUCACACGAUGCCGCCGACCCCGUCCAGCGGGUCGUCAAGCCCUUCAUUCUCGGCAAGUUCCUCCAUGGCACCCACGCGUUCACCUAUUCUGGCGCACCCGCCCUCCGGCUUCUCGUCCUCCCACUACUCUACAUCGCAACAAAUCAAGGUCGAGGAGGACGCCUACCUGGUGAGUGUGCCCGCCGCCCCUCCCGCGCCCUCCGCUCAUGCCCGCCUCUCAGGCCUCAAACCAAUCUUCAUCCCAGUCCGCAUCGUUUCCCCUGUCUUCGUACUCCCAUGCGGCUGA